AUGACCAAAUGUGAUAUUUGCAACAAGGGAAUCACCAGCAGAUCUCCGGGCCUGGAAUGCCAGUCGUGUGCUAAAACAGUCCAUGCAAGUAAAGCCUGCUCUGGUCUUACUGCUAAACAGUUGUCAGCCCUUCGCAAUGCGGACGGUUUAGACUGGAUUUGUGAAGAAUGCAAUCGAAACUCGCCGAACCGGAAAUCAUCCUUCUUCGUACCGGAAGAGGAAGACGACGAAGAAGAAGUGGAAAACCCAAGCAACACCGUGGGGAACAUAGACAGUGAAAAGUUUCUGAAGGAUAUCAUAGCCGAACUGAAAAAAGUGCUGAAGAAGGAAUUGCAACCAAUAGAAAUAUCAGUGGGGUUAUGUAGCAAAAGAGUAGAAGAGCUAACUAAAACUGUGGAAGCACAGAACAAACACAUACAAGAAUUAGAGAGGAAGUACACCCACCUCAAAAAUGAAAAAACUCAUUUAGAACUUGAAGUUAGUUCAUUGAAACAACACGUACGCAGUAUAGAGCAGCAAAGGCUCGAUAACGUGAUUGAAGUAACUGGAGUCCCAAAAACCGAAAAUGAAGAUCUGGAUGGGAUCGGCUCCAAGUUGGCCGAAACCCUCAAUGUGGAUAAAUCACAUAUAUUAAAUAUUAAACGUCUGGAAGGUCGCAAUGAACGUGAUGGCAACAUUCAACUGGAGAUGAAGCAAGUGGAAUACGCUCAGUCUUGGGUACGUGCGUGCAAAAAGGAAGAGGUACGGCUUGAACAAAUUAUACCGGCAGCCACUGUAGAAGUCUCAAAAUCGAAAAUUAUCCUACGCCGCGCUCUGACAAAGGCUAACAAAUCACUAUUAUGGCUAGCUCAACAAAAACUGAAGCCAGCCUAUAAAUAUGUCUGGUUUCAGGAUGGAAAAGUUCUCCUACGAAAAGAGGAUAAAGACAAGCCUAUAGUCAUAAGAUGUGAAACAGAUAUCAUUCGACUUUUGUCAACAACGCAGACCGGAAAUAAAUGUACGUAUCGGUAA